CCACAUAUUCAUAAUUUUUUCUUCGGGUGUAUUCACUCGCAUGCGUUUGUACUUACUAUUCCAUUACCACCUUUCUAAUAUGUUAAACAAACUAUACUCCUUAUGUAUGCCUCGCAGCGGCGGCGCCAGCGACAGCAGCGAGACGCCCGUGCACAGAUACCCGUCGACCAUCGAGCGGGGGCUAACAGACUGCGCACCGCCCAAUGUGGGCACUGUGUACGAUGCCCUGCUGUACCGGCUUGGACAGGAGCCCGAUAAGACAACAAUGGGGCGGCGGCGCGUGCUGGGCAUCAGCGAGCGCACAAGCCCCGGCAGCGGCGGCGGCGAGGGCUCGGGCAAGAAAUGGAGUUAUUUCCGCCUGAGCGACUACGAGUGGAUGACAUACCGCGAAAUAGCGCAGCUCACCCGCGAGAUGGGCGCAGGGCUCGCGCACAUUGCCGGUGGCUUGGCAGGCGUGCGCGUGGCAAUCUACGCGCCGACGUCGCGCGAAUGGACGCUGUGCAUGCUGUCGUGCUACUCGCAGGCUAUGCAGGUGGUCACCGCAUACGAUACGCUGGGCGACGAGGGCGUUGUGCACGCGAUGAACGAGGCCGAGGCGCGCGUGGCGUUUGUCAAGGCCGACCAGAUGCCAGUGCUGGACCGCAUUGGCAGCCGGCUGCGCACAGUCACGGCCAUUGUGUACUACAGCGACUUUUACGGGAUGCCCAAGGCGGCCGAGGCGGCACUCGAGCGCGUGCGGGGCAGAUUCCGGGUGCUUGAGAUCGCCGAGCUGCAGCAGCUCGGGCGGCAGCAUCCGCGCGACCUGUGUGUGGCUGGGCGUGGCGACACGGCGCUGGUCAUGUACACCAGCGGCACGACGGGCCCGCCCAAGGGCGUGCUGGUUGCGCACGGCGGGCUGCUGGCAAUCUGCGGUGCCAUCCACGAGCUGGUGCCCGAGUGCAUCGACUACGAGGCCGACCGCGUGCUGUCGUACCUGCCGCUUUCCCACGUGCUUGCGUUCUUCGUCGAGACGUACUGCCUGUACUCGGGUAUCCGCAUUGGCUACGGCACGCCGCGCACGCUAACCGAGGACAAUGUCGAGGGCUGCCUGGGCGACCUCCGGACGCUGCAGCCGGCGGUCAUGCUGGGCGUGCCGCAGGUGUGGAACACGAUGCGCGCCAGCAUCCUGCGCCAGGUGGUGCGCCGCCCGUGGGCAGUGCAGCAGAUCUUCCACGGCGCCGUCGAGCUCAAGACGUGGCUGACGUACUAUGGGCUGCCCACGGGGCUGCUCGACCGCGUGGUAUUCCGCCAGACACGCCAGGGCACAGGCAGCCACCUGAAGAUUGCAAUCACCGGCGGCGCGCAGAUCAACCAGCACGUGCAGAAGUUCAUUGCCGCGACUAUCUGCCCGAUGCUCCACGGGUACGGCCUGAGUGAGGCCAGCGGGCUUGUGUCUGUGCAGGUGCCCGGCGACGUCACGCUAGGCAACAUCGGCCCGCCGGUGCCAUCGGUCGAAAUAAAGCUGGUAGAUGUGCCCGAGAACGGCUACUUUGCUCGCGACGGGCGCGGCGAAAUCUGGGUGCGCGGGCCGUCGGUAUUCCAGGGUUACCUGAACAACAGCGACAUGACGCAGGAGGUGCUGACCAAGGACGGUUGGCUUAAGACCGGCGACAUUGGCGAGUGGACGCCGCUGGGCCAGCUGGCCAUUGUUGACCGCAAGAAGAACCUUGUCAAGCUGGCCCAUGGCGAGUACAUUGCGCUUGAGGCGCUCGAGUCCGCGUACAGCAACUCAAAGUAUGUCAGCAACAUCUGCGUCUGCGCCGACGCGCGGAUGACUCGGCCAUGUGCCAUUGUCAACAUGGACUCGGCUUCUAUUGCGCACUGGGCUGCCGAGGCCGGCAUUGCGUAUGGGUCUGCCGCUGAGCUAGCUACUAACCCUGACUUUGUCGGGUUGGUUUACGACGACCUGGCGGCCGCCGCGCGCCAGAACAACCUCCGCAAACAGGAGCUGCUUGCCAGCAUUCUCAUCGACCCCGAGCUGUGGACGCCCGAAAACGGCAUGCUCACUGCUGCCAGCAAGCUGAGGCGCACAGACAUCCAAAAGCACAACGAGAAGCGGCUGCAGGACAUGUACGCGCACAUGUAAAUUAAUUGAAAAAAUAAAUGUAAACGAGACUUCAUUCACUACUCUUUGUUUAUUUAUUUCAACCAUUGAAGCAUAAAUGUAAAAAAAAAUUGGGG